AUGAUCUCGAGAUCGUCAAAAUUGAGGAGGCUUCGGCUAUGGGAUGUGAUUUUUUAUGAUGAGGAUGAGAUUGUGGAUUUAGAAACGAUUGCUGUCUGUUUACCACAGCUGAGUCAUUUGUCAUUGAGUUAUGAUUUAAGAGAUGGAGUGCUUCAUUAUGGUUUGCAAGGAUCUUCUCAUCUGGAGAAUGUUACUUUCUUGGAGCUUGGGUGGACUCUAAUCAAUGAUCUCUUCAUACAUUUUGUUGAAGGGCUGUUGAAACGAUGCCCAAGUCUUAAGAAAUUGGUUAUUCAUGGGGUUGUUUCAGAAGCCAAAACCCAAGAAGAAUGCCAAACGUUUGCAAAUUUCACCUCAUCCAUCGUCCAGCUCAUGAGACAAUACAUGUAUGUAGAGGUGCAGUUUGAGUAUGAGUAG